UCUUAAUGUAAACAAAUAAUUGUUAUCAAACAAAACUUACAUUUCGUGAUAUCUUAUAAAAAUAGCUAUAAAUACCUAUUAAUAUAAUGUAAAGUCAACCGUAACUUAUAAAUCUGUCUUUCCGUUAUCUUUUUAGUUCGCCGUUUAACUUGCCGUAACCUCGAUUCAUAUUUCAUAACAUUUGUUAAAUAGUGGUCGCUUUUUAGUUUUUCAGUUUCCUAUUAGCUUUUAAUAGGCUUUUGUGAAUUUCGAAAUGACUAGCUUCAUCCUAGUCGGCGAUUUUGUAUCGCCAACCUCUGAAAAUGAGUUACAAUGCUUUAAUGGAUACAUUCAAGUGGAGAACGGAACGAUAACAGAAAUUGGCAACAGAGAAGCUUUUGAUCAAAAAAACAAUGAAGGGCUGCAGAUGGACUUUAGUAUUCUCAAACCGGAUCAAUUUGUGAUGCCAGGCUUCAUCGACUGCCACACCCAUGCUCCACAGUUCCCCAACCUUGGACUGGGUCUGGAUCGCCCACUACUUGAGUGGCUCAGCAAAUAUACAUUCCCUUUGGAAACAAAAUACAAAGAUAAACAGUUCGCUGCAGAUGUUUAUGAAAAAGUUGUGAAAAGACUUAUAAAUAAUGGUACAACCACAGCCUGCUAUUUUGGAUCACUGCACUUGGAAGGCACAUUGGAACUAGUAAAGAACGUCAUAAAAUACCACCAGAGGGCGUUGGUGGGUAAAGUGAGCAUGAACGUACAGAAUGAUGCAGGUUACUUUAACAAUACUGCUGACGAAUUAAGAGAUGUUCAAACGUUUCUUGAUAAAGUGUACGAAUAUAAGAACGAUUUGGUCAGGCCUAUAAUUACCCCACGGUUUGCAGUGAGCUGUGACAGUGAGCUUAUGAGAGGACUAUCCAAUUUAGCCAGAAAGUAUAAUUGCAUGAUUCAGAGUCACAUAUCGGAAAACAAACAAGAAGUAGAAUACGUUUUACAAACAAAUUCCGACUGUGCUAAUUAUGCAGACGUGUACGAUCAAUGUGGAAUCUUGAACAAUAAGUGUAUCAUGGCGCACGCGAUAUAUUUAAGCGAAUCAGAGAUGUCUACGUUCGCUAGCAAAGGCGUAUCCGUGGCCCACUGCCCCGCUUCCAACACCAGACUAAAGUCAGGCCUCUGCCCCGUCAGGAGACUCCUAGACAACAAAGUAUGCGUCGGUCUCGGAACCGAUGUGUCUGGAGGCGAUAAUGCGAGUAUACUAGAUGCAAUGCGGCGCGCAAUGGAUGUGUCGGAACAUCUGCUAUUGACGGGGCACGGUGGACCCGCCCUCAGCUGGAAGGAGGCCCUGUACCUAGCCACUGUGGGUGGCGCAAAAGCCUUGGGCCUCCAAGAUAAGAUCGGUACAUUCGAAAUUGGCAAACAAUUUGAUGCUUUGAUAUUAGAUGUGACCGACCCGCGCGGUCCCAUAGACAACUUUAAGGACUCCUCUGCUGGAACAGACGCUAUCGUGGACAAAGCACAGAGGUUUGUCUAUUGCGCCGACGACAGAAACAUCGUACAGGUUUACAUCAAUGGAAGGAUCGUUAAAAAUAUACUGCCGUACUAUAAAUCAGCAGAAGCGUAUGAUACAUUUUUUUCUUCAUGAUUAAAAUUUGGUUAGUAUAUCUACCUAUAUCAUAAGACAGAUAAUCUACUACCUUGUUAAAAUUAUGUAAACAGUGCUUGAAAAAUCAAAGUGAGCAAUGCAAUUAACAAAUUCACGUUAGACAUCGCAUGUUUGCGACAAUGAUAAAAAAGGUGAAAUUUUACAGAGAAUAUUUUAACGUUAUAUAAAAAUAUUAUAAGAAGGAAAAGAAUAGUGCUAUAAAGUCACAUUUUCUUAUCCGUUUCGUGUUCGAUAAAUGCGUCAUUCUGUACCUAGGUUUAUGAAAAAAUAGUUUUUUUUAUAUGUCAUUCUUAUCGCAAAUGGGCGACAUACUAUGACGAUGGUGCUAUGUUAACCUAACCUUUGAAAUUUCCCGGAAGUAGGGAGAAGGGUUUUAUAUCUGAGAUUAUAUUUGUACCUAUGUAGUAAUUUUUUUAAAUCUAUUCUAUUGUAUUUUUUCGUUUUACGAGUUGAUUUGUUAUUUUUUAGAUAUGGUUUAUUUUAUAUACAAUAUUUUAUUUCUUCGUAAUCGAAAUAAAAAACAGUGUCAAGUUCAGUCAUGAAACCCAUUCUAUCGUUCAUUUAAAUGUUAACUUUUAAUCUGACCCUGGAAUCGAACCUUAGAACAAAUUUCUUCACAUCCUUAGUUCUUUUCAUCCAAUGGGACAAAAAGUACAUAAGACAAUGUUAAUCUUUUUAAAAACAUUAUUUCUUAAACGAAUCGAUAUUUUAUUUAAUGCCAAUACAUGAUAAUCAGUAACAGAUGUCAAAGUGGCUUAUCAAAGUAACUAUAAACGAUUUUAAACAAAAAAAUAAAUGAUUGUAAACGAUUUUAAAUUGUUAUAAAGA